AUGGCGCCCGGAGAUAAACUGCGCAAUAUUGCCGAGCAGGCUGAGCGUGACCUCAACACCUACGAAGCGAAGACGGGCCACAGGUCAACCGCUACCGACGAUGCCGGUGUCGACACUCGAGUUGAGCAGAAGUUCCCUGGUGCGGAAGUCCGAUACGGCGAUGACUUGAGCACAAACCGUGGUUACAACAAGAGAAUUCCUCCCGAGGAGGGAGGUGACCUGGAUGCCCGUGGAAGACAAACCCGUGGCGAGCACUUCGAAGGUCACGGUGGCCCUGACGACAAGUUUGCGGACCAGGCUCGUGACUUCGGCGGUGAACAGACGUACGACCCUAGCGGAAGGCAUCAACCACAAUACGAGUACAGCGCCCAAGAAUCCUCCGUCCCCGUUGGGCACUCUGGUCGCGAUGUGAUGCCCCAAGGCAAGGAGGCAGCCCAAUCCAACAUGCAGAGCAAGGGCAUGCCGCGAGGGAAGCAGCAGUUCAAGGGCUCAGAUUACUACACUCCGGAGUCUGUCCCUGGAUCCAUCUCUGCGGAGGGAUAUGAGGCGCCUGAGUCGACCACCCAGGCAUCUCGUGAGUCGGAGCAGUUCUAG